UGGCAGCUCAUGACUUCGUUAGGGCUCGGCCUGUGUUGUGUGCUUCGUUAGUGCCAACGUGCAGAAGUUAUACGUGCUCUAACGUGGCCUGCACUGGGGAAAAUGAAGCGCUAAGUGUUCAAAAGCAGUGCAAGAGACGGUUCAGGAGGGACUGCAGAGGUUCAGUGAUUAUGCUGAAUUAAACCAACUGAAUGUUCUUCAUCUGUGACGUGAGCGGUAUUAAGGAUUUGUAUGUGCUAAGCAAUUCAGAUGGAUGAAAUGCCUUAUUGGCCAUAGCAGCAACAGGAUGUGUAAGGAACAUUGUGGUAUCUAUUAGAGGGCAUAAUGCAGAAUCCAUUAACUUUAUCUGCAGGUGGUGUUUUUUUGCAUGCUAAUCCUACAGAGAAACAUUGUGUCCAACAAAGUAUGCUGGGUCAGCAAAAACAAGAAACUUGUGCGGGAAAGACUGUAUCCACAGAUGAACACAAAUCCCCUUCUGAUACCAUACAAAGUUUUCAGAAGAAAAGUCAGUUUAGGACCAUUGCUCCAAAAAUGGUACCGAAAAUUUUAACAACUGGAGUGGUUUCUUGUCUUCAGUCAUCUUUGCCUGAACAAAAUACACCUAUUUCAGCUUCAGGUUCUAAACCGCUGGUAGUACCAACACAAAACUAUGCUGUGAUGCAGGUUGCUGCUCAUGAGGGGACUUUUUCUGUUUUGGCUUUGCCAUAUGUUACCCCUGCACUAACACAGCAAAUCCAGCAAUCAAACCUACCCCCUUCAGAAAAUGUCAAGCUGCCUAUCCCUAGGUACCAGUCUGUAAGAAAUAAAUUGCUGGGUGAGAAAAAAGCAGCUCAAAUAUCUGUUCUGGCUGCACAUAACAAGAUUCCUACCGAAGCCCAGAUCUUACCACAGACUUCCCCCAUAACUACGUUAACCGAAGACUAUCCUGAAACUCAUAGUAGUUCAGAGUCAUCUGAGCAAGUGAUAUUAAUGGACCAUGGUUCCGCUGAAAUUACAGUUGCCACAUUGCUAAAUGAAAGCAAGCAUAUGGCAUCGGAAUCUCCUUUACUAAACAAAACAGACAUUGUUAAAGGUAAUGUUUCUGGACCAUCGGUAGUUAAAGAUUCUUUAACAAAGUCAGCAAGUACAAGUAAUCCCGUGAAACUAAGUCUGCAUUCAGUGAAGACAGCAUUUGAAACCACAAAAGAUUCGCUCAUAAUGUCUGAGAAAGUGAAAGAAAAACCCACAAAUUCUGCAAAUUCUGUCACUGUACUGUCACCAGCAGUUUUUGGCAGUGCAAUACAGCUGACUCCAUCUGCACCAAAAGGAAAACUUCCUAUUUUGCCUUACUCAAGAGUGAAAAAUACAAUAGUUUCUAAAUCUAAGCAAAACGCUACUGUUAUGGGUGUAUCUGGUCCUUCACUAAGAUCUGAAUGUGGGAAGAUACCAGCUUUGGUGAAAACCUUUCAUGUUCCUACUAAGGCAUCUGAUAAACGAUUAGCUGUAUCAUUUGCACAAGUCCCCAAACAAACUAAUCGAGAAAAUACCUUCUGUCCAUCCAAUAAAGUGGAUAUUGACAGUCUUAAAAAAUUGAAUGGUCCAUCCUCUAAAAGAAGAGGCAGAAAAAGAAGAUCCCCAGAUGAUUUGUUGGCUUUUCAGUCCAAGCGAAGGAAAUGCAUUGUUAAUAAGUUUAGAGAAGGAAGAGAAAGGACGAAAGCUGAUCUUCAGCAACCUCAAGACAAGAAAACGGAGGCAGUGAAAAAAUACCGUAGUAUUAGACCAAAGCCCGUGGUAGUUGUACAGGCUUUUGCACCACUGACUACUGCGGCAAUAGUGGAGACAAAAUCUCCUGACCUUUUAGAGCAAGAACUUUUUUUAAAUAACUCACUUCCCAAUAAAUAUUUAAGUUACAAGCAUAACGAUACCACCUCUGCUAAAUCAAGUGAUUUAAGUAGAAAUGUAUAUUCAACUGUACCUAAGCUGUGGCAUAAAUGUCAUGUCUGUAACCAUAACUUCCAGUUUAAACACCAUCUUCAGGACCAUAUGAAUACACAUACAAACAAAAGGCCUUACAGUUGUCGGAUUUGCCGGAAAGCAUAUAUUCAUUCUGGAAGCCUUAGUACACAUAUGAAACUUCAUCACAAUGAAGGCAGACCCAAAAAGCUUGUGUGUUGUGAGUUCUGUGCUAAAGUUUUUGGCCAUGCAAAAGUAUACUUUGGUCACCUAAAGGAAGUACACAGAGUUGUUAUCAGCACAGAGCCCUCUACUAGUGAGCAACUGCUGCAAGAUGCUUUAAAGAACAGAGAUACGACUAUAAAAGAGACAGAAGAAGCAACAGAGAGGGGAAAUAAAUGCAAUUUUGAAGACCUAUUCCAUAAUCCAGGAGAAGUCAAAUUACAGAUCAAGUGUGGUCGAUGCCAGUUUAUUGCACAGUCUUUUGCUGAGAUGAAGUUUCAUUUAUUGUGCUGUCAUGGAGAAGAGAUCCAGGGAAGAGUAAAGGAAGGGAUUUUGCAAGGAAAUAGAGGAGCUAAGGGGGAAUUGGUCAAACAUACAACUCAUUUCUGGAAACAGCGCAAUGAGAGAAGACAUUUAGCAAAAUGCAAUGCUCAUGAGGAAGGAUUUUAUACUUCACCAAAACUGAAAAGGCAAAUAUACUUUCACCAUCAAAAUAACGUUGAUGUGUUAUCUAAAAGCGAAAUGACUCAGUCAGGAAACAGCGAAGUGGCCAAGGAGAUGCAAAAUGUAGGUUGUGGUGCACAGAGCAAAAAAAUUCAAAUUUGGUCUAAGGCUGGGUAUAACUGCAUUUUAUGCAAACAGUUAUUUGGAAGAAAAGAAGAUCUUUAUUAUCAUUGGCAGAGUCAUCAUAACUGUGAAGACCCUUCCAUUUUAUGGACAAUUUUUAAUUUGUUCUCAAAACAAGGAAUUAUUGACCUUUCUAAUAAUGGUGAAUAUUAAAGCUCAAUUUUGCCAAGCUUUGAAAAACAUGAACUAAAUUCCCAAAUUGUGUGCUUUUUCUGUGUUGCGAAACCGACUCAAAAAAAGUAUCA